AUGAGCAACGUCCCUGAAAACGCACCUGAACAUUGCCCUGGAACCCAGAGCGAUGAUGCUGGAAAAGCUUCAGCAUGUGCUGGUUGUCCGAAUCAAAAUAUUUGCGCUUCAGGUGAAGCAAGUGGACCAGACCCAGCAAUAGAAUUAAUAAAGAAUCGUCUCUCUAAUGUAAGACAUAAAAUACUAGUGCUUUCGGGAAAAGGUGGUGUUGGUAAAAGCACGGUGACAUCUUUACUUGCACAUGGACUUGCUGCCAGAAAUCCUGAUAGCAAUGUGGGCAUAUUGGACGCCGAUAUAUGCGGACCUAGCCAGCCCCGAGUACAGGGUGUGCGCGGCGAACAGGUGCACUAUUCUGGUUCGGGAUGGUCUCCCGUGUACGUGAAGGACAACUUGUCACUGAUGUCCAUCGGAUUCCUUCUGGGCAGCCCCGACGAUGCGGUCAUUUGGAGGGGUCCCAAGAAGAAUGGUAUGAUCAAGCAAUUCCUGAGCGAAGUGGAGUGGGGCGAUCUAGACUACCUGCUGAUUGAUACUCCGCCAGGCACUUCGGACGAGCACCUAUCCGCCGCGCAGUACCUGGCCGGGGCAGGGCUGACAGGCGCCGUCCUGGUCAGCACCCCCCAGGAGGUGGCGCUGCUCGACGUGAGGAAGGAGCUGGACUUCUGCCACAAACUCGGCAUCAGGGUGCUCGGGGUGGUGGAGAACAUGUCCCUCUUCGUCUGCCCCAACUGCAAGGGGCGCAGCGAAAUAUUCCCGGCGACGACGGGCGGCGUGGCGCAGAUGUGCUCCGAGCUGGGCGCGGCGCCGCUGGGCGCUCUGCCCCUCGACCCGCUGCUGGCCCGCUGCUGCGACGCAGGCAGGGACUACCUCGCCGAGAUGCCCCUCUCGCCCGCCGUCGGCGCCCUGCACUCGAUCAUCGACAAACUUGUGGAGGCAUGCCAGAGU